AUGGAGUCGCUUUCGAGUGAGCGCCCUGCGGUGUCGGUGAGUGGCCCUCUCACGCAUCAUCGUGCCCGCACGGUGCUAUUGGAGCAGUUGCGGGACCUGCACAAGCAGGAACAACAAGGGCAGAAAGAAGGUGGUCACCUCACUUUGUCGACGAGAGCGCCGCACGUAGAGGGGGGUAAUAACGACGAGAGCGGUGAUGAUGAUGAUUCUAAUGAGGCGGCUCCCAUGGCAGUGCGGUUCGUGCGUACAUGUCCUCCACUCACGGACCCCACAUGGGCGAUGGAGGAGUUGCUGCGGAUAGACCCAAAUGUGACACUGUGGACGGGCACUGGUUUGUCCAAGGCCGUGUGGGCGCCUCCCGGAAGUGGUCACUGCCCUUUUGGAACGACGGAGGCGGACUUCAUACGCCAUCGCUAA